CGCAAAAGAAAGAGCCAACAUGAGGAGAGACCAGCCAUGACACAAGAAGAAGAAGAAGACAAUGACAAUGACAAUACUAUUUGACCACUCCAGUGAUGACGGUACAAGAUCAUGUCACUCUACUAAAGAACUCCACGUGGCUCCCAUGGUGAAUUACUCGAACCGGGAGUUUCGAGCCUUGUUGCGGAUUUUGAGUGGGCGUCUUGUUCUGUGGACGGAAAUGCUGGCCGACAAUACGCUCUUGCAUACCAGUGCUGCCAAACGAGACGACUUGUUGUUACUUCAGCAGGAUAGCGACAACAAUAAUAAUCGAAAUGUCAUUGUGCAAAUUGGCAGCAAUUCCCCAGAACGUGCGGCGCAAUGUGUGAUAUUACUACACGAGCACUACUAUCUGUAUAUUAAAGAAAUCAAUUUGAACUGUGAAUGUCCUUCUUCGACGGUUGCGGAAAAGAAUCAAUUUGGAGCCGCCUUGAUGAAAUCACCGACUCGAAUGGCCGAUAUUGUGGCGGCCAUGCAAUCUGCUGCUCUUGCUCAUCAUCUUGAAGGACUUGAUGUAUCCAUCAAGAUGAGAAUUGGAGUGGACGACCAAGAUGAUUGGGAGUUUGUGGCCAACUUGAUUGGACUGUUGGUAGAACGGGGUGGUUGUACACGUUUUAUUCUUCAUGCCCGCAAAGUCUACUUGCAAGGCUUGAAUGCCCGUCAGAAUCGAACCAAACCACCACUCAAUUACCAACGAGUCUUUCGACUCUGUCAGCAAUUUCCCAACUGUCAGUUUUGGCUCAAUGGAGGGAUUGCCACACUAGAGCAAGCCAAGGAGUUGGCGUAUGGAUACACCAACACAUGCAGUCAUCAUGACACGACAGGUCAGGAAGACGCUUUGACCGCACCACUCCCCGUGGCACCAUCCAAUCUGCGAGGAGUCAUGAUGGGACGAGCGGCAUUGGACAACGUGGCACUGUUUGGAGAUGUGGAUCGAUACUUUUAUGGAGCCCCAUCCAAUCCGUGUCACAAUCGAGCGGAUGUCCUCGAACAGUACUGUCUCUACCUGGAACGAACGUAUCCUCGACGAUGUUGUGAUGACAACAGUUGCAAGACACUACGAUAUCCCGCCCCCGUCGUCCACUUUACUGCCCCGUGCUGUCCAGUGUGUCAAGUCUUGCACGGGACCACCAUUCUCACCAGCCUGAUGCAAGACGACCAUGACGACGAUGAUGAGAAUACCGCGCCCACUACCACACAACAAUCUCAUCAUGACCGUGCUGCUGGCACUAAUAAUAAGGACAAGAUAUCGUCCCGCCUCAUUGGCAAUGCCCUCAAACCGGUCCAAAGUCUUUUUGCCGGAUUGCCCUGUCACAAAGCAUUUCGCAGGGUGUCCAGUGUGCUUGUUGUUCAAGAUGCUACCAUUCGCAAUUGUGGACCCGGGUUUGUCUUGCGAAUGGCCGUCCGCCAAUCGGUGCCACGGGAAUAUCUCCUACAACCGCUGGUGGUACCGUAACAGAGGAAUGAAGGAAGGAAGCAAUACGGUAGCUAGUACACAACAACAACAAAAUACCCUCACCGAGGCAGAGAGCAUCAGGCAGCAUCAGAUACAGUCCAUGCUUGCCACGCAUGAGUGACUCCAAACUGGAUGUGUGCAACAUACAGUAACACGGGUGUACCAUACCGGUGGGCGUCGACACAAUGGCGCCAAAUCAAAACAAAACAACGACGGCAUCCACUCACAGUGGGCUGCAACCUCAACUUGCUGCUUGCUCCCGUGUUGCCUGUAAGGGCAGCCCGUACGUACGAACAAACGAGCUGGCCACCACUGCGAACUGGAGUUCCUCCGCCCAAACCAGAAAAACAGUUUCUGUAGUAGUGUACCAUAACGGGCAGUCGACGAAUAGUUAGUUGUUUGCAACCAUAGUCAUCGCAGCGUGAGCAAAUGCCGAAACGUCGUCGGCUCGCAGACUGAUGAUUGAGCGUACGGUGCCGUCGUAUCGGUUCCUUUUCGGAUUCGAUUCGUCGAUCAAGUUGUUCUAAGCAAAACGUUAUGGGAUACCACCAUUCCUUAUUAUGACUCUAGCAAAAUAUUCCCC